ACGAAAAAUAAAUUGCAUUUAUUAGAAUAUAAGUAAAAAAUAUUCUCAAAACAAAUGAGGGAUUUAUACAGAACUUUGGAAAUGUUGCGGGCAGAAACACCAAUGGAAUACUGCGAAGAGUUCGAUGGCAUUAAAUCCAUUUUAGAAUAUUGCAAUAACUAUGUGAAGCCUUUUAGUAAAGUGCACUUUAGAGGCGGCAAUGUGGAUUUUAAAAACGAUUUGGUGAAACGCUUGCAAAGCUACUUGAUCGAAUGUAACUUGGUUAGUAAGGAGGAAAAGAAACCUUUGCCUUCUGUUGAACGUAAACUACGUAAGAUUGUAAUGUUCUUUGUUUUAAACACUGAUGCAACAUACAAAUACAAUUUGCGGGAUGACGUUAAUGUGGCUCAUGUGUUUGAAAUUUGCCCUUUAUUGCCUAAAUUCCUAGUCGUGACCUUAAUAUGGGAAUUAAAUUUGGAGCCGUUUUUCUAUGAAUUAUUGUCAUUUACUCCCUGUUGGUUUGCUUUCCAAUACUUUGAACCUGCUACAGAUUCCUUAAAGUACAUUGACGAUGUAUAUGAUGUAUUGGGAAAGGUAGAGCAAUUGUUAAAAGCCAUUUUCAUUAACCUUACGCGCACGGAAAUCCAACAAAUAAAUCCUAUUGACUUGAAGAUUAUGUACAAGAAAUUAUAUGAUUAUGCAACGAAUCUAUUGCGAUUGUUUUAUACUCCGGAUGCAGAAAAGUUUCAAAAAUUUACUAAAAAACAACUCCAUAAAUAUUCAGGUUUCGCUUUAAAGCAUUUAUUACAAAUGAUUAUAUUCGCUUUUGAUGUUUAUGAACAAUCUGAAGAAAUUAACCUUCACGAGCAUUGGGAAAUAUAUGACGUAGGCAAAGAUUUCACAAAUAAAAUAGCGAAAUUAACGGAAACUUCCCAAUCAGUAAGAGUAGAGCAAUUAGCAAUGAUCUUAGCAUUACUGAAUACAUUGCAAACCAAUGUAAUGAUGAUUACAAUGAAGGACUUUAUCUACUGGGUAGAGGUGGAUUUAACCGAAAAUAUAACUCUGCAAGCGGCAGUUGGAGCUAUGGCUUAUGAAGUUAUGGAUCGUAUAUUAAAAAAUAAAGCUUUUUCUCAUGAUGUUGCUCAGCAAUUAAAAACUAUAGCAAUACGUCCUAAGACUUUACAAGAAACUGUCCAUAAUGCCACUAUUGGUGACAUACUCCAUGCCUUAGAUGACUUGGACAUGUUGCAUCAUAUUAGAAAAGCCUGGCUCGACGAGCUGUUCAAUCGUCCAAUAGCCCUCAUCAAUGAUGAAUGCUUAGAAGCGAUCAAAAGCAAUAUUAAAAUAAUAAGCCUAGAAAAUUGUCAGCAAAUGUUAGAUUUCAUUAAAUUGGACAUUUGUCGCAAUAUCAGCGAACCGGACGAUGAAUACAAAAUUAAUGAAAAAUUAAAUAUAGAAAACAAUGAUAUAGAUGGCAAUGAUUAUGAAGACUUGGGACUACUUAUAAGUGCCGCCCUAGAAAAUUUCAGUAUCUCACAGGUGUUAGCAAUAUUAAAUUAUCAAAGCAAAUUAUUUGGCUUUAAAUCAACGUUAUUCAUGCGUCCCGAUCUUGAGCAGAGGAUUACCGAAUUUCUAAAUAAAUACAAUGCUGACUCCAAUACGUUCGAUUAUCAUCAUUUUUUGGUAUUGACGUUCGAGCAUCCGGAAAUGGUUUGGAAAAAACUUUUUGAUAGCGCUUGUCAUAACACUUUAGCACACAUUAAAAAUUACUGUGCAGCCGUUAAGCAAUCGAGACCGUUGUCCAAUAACUAUUAUAUGCCUCACUUGUUAGCUGCCCUUGAAGAUGUCGAUUAUUUGCAAAAAGAACCAUUUCCACAACUUUUAUGUGAACUAUAUUUUGAAUUAUACUAUCCGGACGGGAAGACUCAAUUCCUUAAGCAAAUCAUCAAUAAAUAUACUAAUAUAUAUUUGGAUGGUCAACUGUUCGCUAAUCUAUUACCUUUGGUGAAAACAUUGAAUUUGAUAGGCGGCUAUGGUGAAACGCAAUCGUAUAAACCGUUAACGUUCGGAGAGAUGACGGCUCCCGUAUUGUUAACAGUCGCUCAAAUUAUGGAUAAAUCGCGUUGGGAUUUGAUAACAUAUACCGAUAUAAGAGACGAAAUUGUAAGGGAAUGUGUACAGUUUAUACAACAAACAUCGAAGAAGUUUUUGCCAAAUGCAACCGAAAAGGAUCGUAAAUGGAUAACGAAAAUUAUAAAGGACUCAUACAAACCAUUGACCCAGUAUUACUUUCAAAAGUACGCAUUAACGCCAGAGCAAAUUCCGACAGAGUUUGACCGCUUUCUUAUACGCCUCGACAUCGAAGAUAAAUCUGAAGCUGAAAUGUUUUUAAUAAUUAAUUACGUACGUUGUACGAUGAAAGAGACAGAAUGGUUGGCUCGCAGCGAACGCUUAUUACCUCAUAUCUCUAAUGUUAUGCUUAUACUUAGCGGUGUAGUAGAGGAGACGCAAAAUUCGAACGCUAUUAACAACUAUCGCCAUUGUUUGAUCAAUUAUGCAAAUAUUGUUCAGAAAUUUUUGCUGCCGAAAAUCGAAGACAAUGUAAAACAGAUCGAGAAAUUGCAACUAAAAGUAUUGAAAAUUAUUUCUGCAACACCCGAGCAAAUCUACGAGGAAACCUUUAUCAAUUUUGAGCCCUUAUUAAUGGAGAUAACAAAAAAACUUGCUUGUCCUUUGGAAGGGAAUUCUCUAAAAAUCAUACGUAACUUUGUACAGCGUAUGAAAGAUUGUAACGCCAAAGAUAUAUUUUUAAAGAAAUUUGAAGCUCUAGCCAUCGAAAUGAAAUAA